GAAUUUUAAAAAAGCUAAUAAUCUAACAUUGACGCAUGAAAUAUUGUUCUGUUGUUUGCUUGUUUGUUUUUUUCCUUUGUUUUGUUUUUUGCUUUUCUUUAGUGAGUAAAUACUCUAAAAGUACUUUCCUAAACCUUUUUAAAAGUAAUUUAAAAGUGAAGCAAUAAGUCAUUCAUCUUGUGAUGGUUUAAACUGUGGAACCUUUGAUCAUGCUAGAUCAUAGCCUCUGUGUAUGUCACAGCUUUCUUCUGCUGCAUAAGGUAGUGUAAACAUGGCUUUUAAUAAAGCUCCUAACAAGAUCACUGGGCUCAAGCUGUUCUUGCUGUUGGACCAAACCACAUUGUCUGGUUUAUCAGUCAGCCAAGUAGAACCUUGUCAACAACAAGGAUACCAGAGCUACAGAUUUGCACAUGAUGAGUACUAAGUUUUUUAAGGAGGCUUAAGAGCUUUAGCCAAUAGCUGCACUUGCAGGUCUGUCAUUCCUCAACAAGUUCAGCCAGGAAUCACCAGCGUCAUCGAGUCUAAGACUACUGCUUUUGCUUCUGGAUCACUCACUGAGUCUGAGGAAGUGGGACUACAGCUCUAGCAUCCACAUCAAAGCAAAAACACUUUCCUGUAGGAAUUAUGGGUGCCCAUGGAUCUAACCUGGAUGAAAUCCUGGCUGAGGACAUGCACCACUGGUACAAUAAAUUUAUGAGGGAAUCCCCAUCAGGGCUCAUCACCCUCUUUGAGCUGAAGACCAUGCUACAAAUGCAAGGCAUGACUGAGGAGGCCAGCAGUUAUGUGGACCAGGUGUUCUACACUUUCGACAUGGAUGGGGACGGAUAUAUAGAUUUUGUAGAAUAUAUAGCAGCAGUUAGUCUACUACUGAAAGGUGAAAUCAACCAGAAACUCAAAUGGUACUUCAAGCUCUUUGAUCAAGAUGGAAAUGGAAAGAUUGACAAAGAGGAGAUGGAGACCAUAUUCAAGGCCAUACAGGACAUCACCCGUAGCUACGAUGUCCCUCCAGAGGAGAUCGUCACACUCAUUUAUGAAAGGAUUGAUGUCAACAAUGAAGGUGAGCUGACUUUGGAGGAGUUCAUCACUGGAGCUAAGGAGCAUCCUGACAUUAUGGAGAUGCUCACCAAGAUGAUGGACCUAACUCACGUUUUAGAGAUUAUAGUCAAUGGACAGAAAAAGCCUGGUCAAGCUUGA